ACGCUCUUACGUCUGACGUCAGGGGCGUCAACGUCACUGGAGGUCUGUGUGCAGGAAGUGAAGAUGGCGACCGCCUACGAGAGAUUCAAUCUGCACGCAACCCCUGAAAAGUUCUACAUCGAGGCCUGUGAUGAUGGGUCUAAUGAUGUCCUCGUCAUCGACAGGGUUUCCACAGAGAUGACCCUAAAAGGUAUUAAGGACAUCCCUCCAUCCGGAGUUACCAAGCCCAUCUGUGGGAUUAUGGGAACUAUUCGGCUCGUGGCUGGGAUGUACCUUAUAGUCAUCAUCCGGAAGAGGAAAGUGGGCAGUCUGUUUGGUCACACGGUGUGGAAGGCAGUUGAGUUCGACCUGAUCUCCUACAAAAAGACCAUAUUGCAUCUGACAGACAACCAGAUGCAGGACAACAAGACCUUCCUGUCGAUGCUGAACGGGGUGCUAAACACUGAUGGCUUCUACUUCUGCACCGACUAUGACCUGACACACACCCAGCAGCGGCUCGCCAACACCAGCCCCGACUUUCAGGAGAUGAGCCUGCUUGAGAGAGCGGAUCAGAGGUUUGUGUGGAAUGGGUAUCUUUUAAGGGACUUCUUUGCACAACCAGAGCUUCAGAAGUUUGCUUUUCCUGUCAUCCAUGGCUUUAUUGCGAUGAAGCCAUGUUGUAUCAAUGGGAAGAUAUUUGAGUGGAUCCUCAUCUCCAGGAGGAGCUGUUUCAGAGCUGGAGUCCGAUACUAUGUACGAGGAAUUGACUCAGAAGGACAUGCUGCUAACUUUGUUGAAACUGAGCAAAUAGUUCAGUAUAAUAACUCCAGAGCCUCCUUCGUGCAGACUCGAGGCUCCAUGCCUUUCUUCUGGUCCCAGAGACCCAACCUGAAGUACAAGCCAAAGCCGCAGAUCAGCAGCACCACCAAUCACCUGGAUGGAUUUCAGAGGCAUUUCGACUCCCAGGUCCUCAUUUAUGGGAAGCAAGUGAUUCUCAAUUUGGUCAAUCAGAAGGGCUCUGAGUUGCCCCUUGAGCAGGCAUUCGCCAAAUUAGUGAACAGCAUGGAAAACGGAAUGAUCAAGUACAUAGCCUUUGACUUCCAUAAAGAGUGCAGCAAGAUGAGAUGGCAUCGCCUACAGAUUUUAGUGGACGCAGUUGCAGAAAUGCAGGAUGAAUUCGGUUACUUCAUGUUGAGUUCAGAGGGCAGGGUGGUGUCAGAGCAGUCGGGAACAUUUCGCAGUAACUGCAUGGACUGCCUGGAUCGCACCAACGUCAUUCAGAGCCUUCUAGCCAGACGCUCCCUGCAGAACCAACUCCAGAGGCUGGGUGUCCUCCAUGUUGGCCAGAAGAUUGAGGAGCAAGCAGAUUUCGAGAAGAUUUACAAAAAUGCCUGGGCUGACAACGCCAAUGCAUGUGCUAAACAGUACGCAGGUACAGGAGCUCUAAAGACUGACUUCACCAGGACUGGGAAGAGGACUCAGUGGGGUUUGGUGAUGGAUGGCUGGAACUCCAUGAUUCGUUAUUACAAGAACAACUUCUCUGAUGGCUUCAGACAAGACUCCAUUGACCUUUUCCUCGGUAACUACACUGUGGAUGAAAGUGUGGAAGGUUUGAUGCCUCUUCGAGUGCAGAAAGAUUGGAAAUUCCUCACGCUUCCAAUCAUCAUGCUGGUGGCCUUUUCCAUGUGCAUCAUUUGCCUUCUUAUGGCUGGUGAUACCUGGACAGAGACACUGGCAUAUGUGUUAUUCUGGGGCACAGCCAGCGCUCUCACAGCCGCCGUCAUCGUCUUCAAUGGCAAGGAGUUUGUGGAUGCGCCGAAGCUGGUGCAGAAGGAGAAGAUGGAUUGAUUGUGUGUGUGUGGAAAGCAGCUCGGUCCUGCAGCCCUCCACUCCUCCUCUUCUCUCUCUCCCUCCUCUUCCUCCUCUUCUUUCUCCUCCCAGCUGCAUCAGGCUUGGAGUCUGUACUGAUCUGCUCUCCACACUGUCCUUCGUGUACUGUAGACUGCGGCCUUCCAGCAGAAGCUCGCCAUGCUGAAGUCAUUUAACCAUUGCGCCCCCUCUCUUUACAUAUGCAGGAAGCAACCUUCUGAACCAAGUGGCAUCAUUACCAACCCUGAGGAAGAAAGGCACACCGUCCACACAUCAGUUGCAUACGCACGUAGAGUUAAAAUGUGCACUACAGUAGCCAGUAACGUCAUUGUGGACCCUUUGUAAUAUUGCGGAGUAGAUUUCUAGAGCAAUAUUGUUGUUACCAAAGUAAUUUUGGUUGGCAUUCAGCUACCUAGAUGUGUAAAUGUUGGUCUACUCCAUGUGUAAUGAGGGGUUUUCUUUCAGAGUAUUCUUCUACGUGAAAACAUGUUUAAUGUCACUCAUAUCUGGAGGGAUAGUUACCAUCAUGCAUUGCAUUGCAUUUGGAUUGGGGCCCUUUGGGCAAAGUAUAUAUGUUGUUUUACCCAAUAAUCUAUAAUAUACCAUCUCUACCAUGGUCUACCUUGAUUUCUUUACCUCUCCUGUUGGCUGCUCAACUAGUUCUAUACUGUGAAUUAUCAUGUAGUUAACAUUUUACCUUAUUUGCUGAUGCAUAUGUAGGUUAGCGUUUUCAUGCAUGGCAGAAGCAUUAAGACUAAAAGGAACAGUUCACUGAAAAAUCAAAGUUGCCCCACAGACAUGUUUGGAGUCCGAUGUUUGUUUAAUUACUUUUGCACUGAAUCUACAAGGCUAAUAUUCAGAACCAAUAAAGAACUAUAAUGUCCUACACUCUUCAAUGUUCUUAACAAAAGGCAAUGGUUAAAUCUAGAACCACUUCAAUAACGAUUUCAAAACAUGAAAUUCAUUUAUGUAAAAAAAAAAAAAAAAAAAAAAAAGUAAAAAGAUUUUAGGGUAUAGAUCAUUUUGGAGCAUUUCCAUUGGCCCAUUCAUCACACACAUUCUUUACACAAUGUACCAAACUCCCCUAACUCCCAAACUGCCAUAGAUUAAAGUUUGUCAAAAUCAUACAAGACUUUAGCAUAAUGUUAACCAUAUCGUUGCUGUUAAACAAAAAGCUUUAGUUAACAUUCAAUGGAAAUUGCCAUUUUGGAGCAUUCCUAUUGACCAAUUAACCAUCCUAUUAACCAUCAUAAAAACGUUUGCAUAUCGAAUAGAAAAGCUGGUAGUUUUACAUUACAACUAAAGGUCAAAAGCAGCAAAAAAAGGACUUCACAAAGGCCUGAAUGGAUACUUAUUUGGCAGAAACCUUUAGAAAUUGUUCUACAUAGCACCAACAGUGGUAACAAAGGUUCUACUGUUGUUAAAUGCAAGUCAAAUAAACUGAUUUCUACACUACCCUUUCUGUUCAGACUGUAGAUAUAUAAUUUAUAUUAGCCUUGCCACUCCAGUGCAAAGUCAAAGAAGAUAAUUUUGCACACAAACAAGUAAUUCUGGCUGAUCUAUAUAAUUAUGAUAAAGCGAGAAAUUGUGUAUCUGAUUUUUGGUAGCAUUUUCGGGCCUCAUUGUGUACCUAAUUAAAAAAUAUAAAGAGUUUUAUACACAGAAAUCAGUAUACACACUUCUCAUCUCACUCCAUAUGUAGUCGAUUGACCAAGAUAUUGGUGUCUGAAUUUUGCACUGAAACUACAACGAUACGAAAAUGUAAAGAAAAGCUUUGUGAGUCAUGAAAAAUGUUUUGCCGACUCAUUUCUAUUCCAUCUAUUACUAAAAAAAAUACAUUUCAGACACCUAACACAUCUUGACAGAUGAACUACAUUUAAGAAAAUUAUGUGCCUUUGAUUUUUUUGGCAAACUAUUCCUUUAAGAAGCUCUGCAGUAGAGAAGCAGAGUUUUUUACGCACUAUUUCAGUAAUGGUUUAUGCAAAUGUGUUUUAUCAGCACUUUACUAAUGAUUCCAUUCAAGGACCAGAACACUAAAAGAGAUUCCAGGAGCAUGAGCACAUUCCUAAUAAUUAUUAUUUUGUGUGUGUGUGUUUGUGUGUGGUUGCAGUGUUAUUCUUCAAUCACCAGUAGAAAUUACUGAGUACUGAGAGCAGAUUUGCACUUCAUAAGAUAGAAAUGAGUGAUGAAGCCUGACUGUGUGUCAUGUUCCUAUUUAAUGAUAUGGAAACAAUAUUUUUUCCAAGUAACUUUAUCUUAAAAUGUAAGUUUUAAUUAUGUCUUGAGGGGCUGUGAAACAGAAUUAAUUAAAUUCCUUUGAAUUUGGCCUCAUAAAAUUUAAUUGGAGAUUAGUAUCUGUUUAAAAUCUAAAGCUUGUAGCAAAUAUGGAAUUCAAAGCCUUUCUUUCUGUCUUGUAAUCAAAUUAGAAACACAAACACAGGAAAACACAGAUCUACAGUGCAAAGAAACAGUGUACACAAGUUUUACACACUUCUCUGUAAUGGUAACACAGCUGCUUUACAGAUUGUGUUGUUUGACUUCUGAAGGAGUGACUUAUAAACUGUACAUUGAAAUACAUGUGCAUCUGUUCUGAAUAUCAUCUGUAAUUAUGUACAGUACUGUACUGUAUAGUUCACAACAGCAGAAUCAGCACCUGAUUGUGUUACUGAGUUAAGCAAAGGGAGCGAAGCUGUUCUGAGUGAGCAUGUAGUUUUCUCAUGUUUCUAAUCUGCUGCUGGUGUUGGGUUUUCGCAGUAAAAUAAGGAUGAAUGUAAAAGAACAUGGUAAAGGGGUGUUUGUAAUUUUGGACUUGACCUUGUCAAUGUUCUCCUGAAAGUGAACUAAUUUCUUGAUUAUUUUAGAGAUGUUAUGGAUUCCUCAACUUUCUAAUAAAAUGUUUGAUUACUCGA